CCUAUAGCAACGACAAACCGGAUGUAUGGUCUGCCGCCGGAAGCGGAAGUCCCAAUCAAAGAGUUGAGCAGUAGCUUUGAGUUACUGGCGCUGGUGAGACUUGGUGGCACGUGGAGCCAAGCCGUGGGAGUAGGGGGCUGAAGGCAGGCAACAGCGGCCAGGGCCGCCCUCUGCUAGCCGCUUGGGAUACCCGGCUUCUUCCGGUAGGUGUGGGACGGGCGUGCGGCUAGAUGGACACUCCCCCGCUCUCGGGUUCGGAGUCGGAGUCCGAUGAUUCCCUAGUCACAGACAGAGAGUUGCAGGAUGCGUUUUCCCGAGGGCUUCUGAAGCCAGGCCUCAACGUCGUGCUAGAGGGGCCGAAGAAGGCCGUGAACGACGUGAAUGGCCUGAAGCAGUGUUUGGCAGAGUUCAAGCGGGAUCUGGAAUGGGUUGAAAGGCUCGAUGUGACACUGGGUCCGGUGCCGGAGAUCGGUGAAUCUGAGGCGCCAACACUUCAGAACAAGGACCAGAAAGCUGUUGAUCCAGAAGACGACUUCCAGCGGGAGAUGAGUUUCUACCGCCAAGCCCAGGCUGCAGUGCUUGCAGUCUUACCCCGCCUCCAUCAGCUCAAAGUUCCUACCAAGCGGCCCACUGAUUAUUUUGCAGAAAUGGCCAAGUCUGAUCUGCAGAUGCAGAAGAUUCGACAGAAGCUGCAGACUAAACAGGCUGCCAUGGAGAAGUCUGAAAAGGCUAAGCAGCUGCGAGCACUUAGGAAAUACGGGAAGAAGGUGCAAACAGAGGUUCUUCAGAAGAGGCAGCAGGAGAAAGCACAUAUGAUGAACGCUAUUAAGAAAUAUCAGAAAGGCUUCUCUGAUAAACUGGAUUUCCUUGAGGGAGAUCAGAAACCCCCAACACAGGGCAAGAAGGCAGGAGCCAAAGGCCAGCAGAUGAAGAAGGGGCCCAGUGCUAAACGACGGUAUAAAAACCAGAAGUUUGGUUUUGGUGGAAAGAAGAAAGGCUCAAAGUGGAACACUCGGGAGAGCUAUGAUGAUAUAUCUAGCUUCCGGGCCAAGACAGCUCAUGGCAGAGGCCUCAAGAGGCCUGGCAAGAAAGGAUCAAAUAAGAGACCUGGAAAACGAACAAGAGAGAAGAUGAAGAACAGAACGCACUGAACAGCAUCUUUGAAUACAAAGAACCAAGAAAAAGGAAUGAAGACUUUGCAGUUUCACAGCACAUUUUUAUCCCUUCUGUUGGUAUCAUGUUGUAAACGUUUCUUUCAAUAAACUAAAAAAAAUUACUAAACGAA